GUCUUCCCGCGCUGGCUUCUGUGACAGCCGGGUGCCCACUGCGCAUGUGCUGCACUUUGUGAAUGAUCCGGUGUCUUCUGGGACACAUGACAGAAGAGAGAAGGACAACUCCACAGAAGUGGGAGCGGGUACCUGUCAAAUUCAGUCUCUGGUCAUCCCCUGCACUGUGUCCGCAGUCUCUGGUCAUCUCCUGCACUGUGUCCGCAUUCUCUGGUCAUCUCCUGUACUGUGUCCGCAGUCUCUGGUCAUCUCCUGUACUGUGUCCGCAGUCUCUGGUCAUCUCCUGUACUGUGUCCGCAGUCUCUGGUCAUCUCCUGCACUGUGUCCGCAGUCUCUGGUCAUCCCCUGUACUGUGUCUGCAGUCCAUUGGUUCAGAAUAUUUUUUUUUUUUUUUUCGCCUCUAAAACCUAG